UACAACCUCCUCAGAACAGCUCACAUCCUCCUCAUUCAACCACAAUCAGACUUGGAGAUGUUAACAUUGUCUCAAUGAUUGUGCACAUGCAUUUAUGUUCCUGUAUAUAGGGAUUUUUAAAUAUUGCUUCAAUCUAUAUUGUUAUUCUUUAGAAAUGGACCCAACUCCACGUUUCAUUCUUCUUCUCAUUGCUCUCUGCUCCGUAUCUGAAUGUGUUCAGCGUCAGUAUCACUUUAUAAAUGUGAUGAAGAACUGGCCUGAAGCUCAGAGAUACUGCAGAGAGGAAUACACAGAUCUGGCCACCGCUGACAGCAUGAACGACGUGAACGAGCUGAAGAAGAGUGUGAAAGAUGGUGGUGUUCAGUAUGUCUGGAUUGGGCUGCAGAAGACGGGUCGUGGUGAAUGGCGCUGGUCUUCAGGUGAACCUGCGCUCUAUCUGAACUGGGCUGCUGGACAACCUGAAGGCAGAGAUGAUUGUGCAAUGAUGUGGAAUGAAAAAUGGGAGGAUUUGCCAUGUGAUGAUAAUCGUCAUUUCAUCUGCAACAACACGAACACAGGACUCGUUUUUGUCAAUCAGACGAUGAAUUGGAGAGAUGCUCAGAUAUACUGCAGACAGAAUCACAUUGAGCUGGUCAGUGUGAGAAACCAGAAUGAGAAUCAACGGGUUCAGAAGAUCAUCAGCGAUAAUCAUUUAUCUAGACCAUGGGUCUGGAUCGGUCUGUUCAGAGACUCGUGGCAGUGGUCAGAUCAGAGUAACUCCUCAUUCACGUACUGGAAGUCUGCUGAACCAAAUGGUAGAAGUGUUGAGAACUGUACAGUGACAGAACCAAACUCUCAGGGAGAAUGGUUAGACAUGACUUGCACCAAGCCACAUCCUUUUGUGUGUCAUGAAGAUAAACUGAUUGUGAUCAGAGAGAAUCUGACGUGGUCUGAAGCUCUGAGAUACUGCAGACAGAAACAUAUGGAUCUGGUCUCAGUUGAUUCAGAAGAGAUUCAGCGUCGUGUGAUGAACGUGGUUAAACGGGCGUCUGCUGCGGCGGUGUGGUUGGGUUUACGUCACUCCUGCACUGUGGGCAUCUGGUUCUGGGUGAGUGGAGAGACCGUGUGCUAUCAGAACUGGGCUCCAGGGAACGGCACAUCAGAGGAGGACUGUGAACUCACAGUGAGAUCUGGAGCAGUUCAGUCUGCAGGAGAUCAGCGCUGGAUCAGCCGUCCUGAAACUGAUGAACUCAACUUCAUCUGCACCAGAUAUUAAGCGUGAAUGGAUGUACUUUCAUGUAAGAUCCUGUUCACUUUCUUUAACUUCAUUUCCAUGCAUCACUUGAUUUGGAAAGUAUAAUAUAUAAUAAUUUCAGCAUCAGUAGGCAGUUGUACCUGAUGGUUGUGAUGGCUGCUUUCGAAACACUAAAACUUUUUAAAACAUUUUUUAAUGACAUGAUUUUAUAAUAAUAAAGGAAGGUGGUAGUGAAUAGUCUCUUAAUGGCCUUAUUAACCAAGCUCUUCAUAAAACAAACAAAAUAAGCUCUACAGUUAAAUAAAAUAACAUGUUUAAUGGUAUUAGAUGAUUUGUUAAUUACAUUUAAUAGAUUACACUUUCAAUUAAACGUGUAAUUCAUUUGUAAAACAGGUUUUCUGCAUUUUUCUAGGUUUUUGUUAUAUUUACACCUUUCUGGCCAGCAGGAGUCAUCAGCAUUUAAUGAAUCAUUCUGAUAAUUUCUGCUAAAUGACUAAAUGUAAAAUCAUUUUAUCAACAGAUUCAACAUUUCAGAAAGCUUUGCUUCUCCCAUCACUACCUAAUGGUUCGGCCAGAAUCGCU